CAAGCGGCCCGGCCCCAGCGCCCACUCAGUCCCCUCCUCCCUACGCCGGGCGCCGGGGCCGAGGCCCCCUCCCCGCACUCGUGCGCCGGCCUCCUCCCGGCCCCGCUCGGCCGGCAGGGAGCGGGGGGCAGCCGGCGGGAGGCGCUCGGACCCCCGCCAGGACCCCCGCCCGCCCGGCAGGCGGCGGCGCUGGCUGCGGCCUAGGGCGCCGGGCGGCCGCGAGCCUCCUCCCCCUCCCGGAAGCGCGGGGCGGGGUCCCCGGCCGGGCCGCGGGGGCGGGAGCGGGGGCCGGGCCGGGGCGGGGCGCGCUGGGCUCGGCGCUCGCGGGCUCGGCGGGCUGUGCGCGCCCACUCCGGCUCCAGGCGGCCAGCGCGCGCGGGCCCAGGCCGCCGGGCUCCAGCCGAGCAGCGGCGGUAGCGGCGGUAGCGGCAGCGGCAGCGGCAGCUCGCGGCGAGUCCCCGCGCCCCUCGCAGCCCCUCCCCGGCGCGGCGCAUGGAGACGCGGCCCGCAGCCCGCCGCUGAGCCCGCCGCCCGGCCCGGGACCCGCCGGGGCUGGGGUGGCCUCAGACUCCGACCGGCCCCCGCCGAAGCCGGACUCGGGCUUGGCCGGCCGCCCCCGCCGCCCCCAGGGCUGCGCGCGGCCCGCGGGCCUCGUCGCCCGCGCGGAUCGCCGCGGCCCGGCCGUCCCGUCCCAGGAAGUGGCCGUCCUGACCGCCAUGGCUCACUCCCCGGUGCAGUCGGGCCUGCCCGGCAUGCAGAACCUGAAAGCAGAUCCAGAAGAGCUUUUUACAAAACUGGAGAAAAUUGGAAAGGGCUCUUUUGGUGAGGUGUUCAAAGGCAUUGACCUUCGGACUCAGAAAGUGGUUGCCAUAAAAAUCAUUGAUCUGGAAGAAGCAGAAGAUGAGAUAGAGGACAUUCAACAAGAAAUCACAGUGCUGAGUCAGUGUGACAGUCCAUAUGUAACCAAAUAUUAUGGAUCCUAUCUGAAGGACACUAAAUUGUGGAUAAUAAUGGAAUACCUUGGUGGAGGCUCCGCACUAGAUCUUUUAGAACCUGGCCCUUUAGAUGAGACUCAGAUUGCUACCAUAUUAAGAGAAAUACUGAAAGGACUUGAUUAUUUGCAUUCGGAGAAGAAGAUUCAUAGAGAUAUUAAAGCUGCCAAUGUUCUGCUCUCUGAGCACGGCGAGGUGAAGCUGGCCGAUUUCGGGGUGGCGGGCCAGCUGACGGAUACCCAGAUAAAAAGGAAUACCUUCGUGGGCACCCCUUUCUGGAUGGCGCCCGAGGUCAUUAAACAGUCAGCCUACGACUCAAAGAGACCCACCGCUAAGGAGUUACUGAAGCACAAGUUUAUAAUACGCAAUGCAAAGAAAACAUCCUACUUGACUGAGCUCAUCGACAGGUACAAGAGAUGGAAGGCCGAGCAGAGCCACGAAGACUCCGGCUCUGAAGACUCAGACACGGAAACGGAUACGGACAGCCAGGCCUCUGGAGGCAGCGACUCUGGGGACUGGAUCUUCACUAUCCGAGAGAAAGAUCCAAAGAGUCUUGAGAAUGGAGCUCUUCAGCCUUCAGACUUAGAAAGAAAUAAGAUGAAAGACAUCCCAAAGAGGCCUUUCUCUCAGUGUUUAUCUACAAUUAUUUCUCCUCUGUUUGCAGAGCUGAAGGAGAAGAGCCAGGCGUGCGGAGGUAACAUGGGCUCCAUAGAGGAGCUGCGAGGGGCCAUCUACCUGGCGGAAGAGGCCUGCCCGGGGAUCUCGGACACCAUGGUGGCCCAGCUCAUCCAGCGGCUGCAGAGAUACUCUCUAAGUGGUGGAGGAACUUCAACCCACUGAAAUUCCUUUGGCAUUUGGGGUUUUGUUUUUUUUUCUUCUUCCUCCUCCUCCUCCUCCGAAAACGUCCACGAGAGCCUUUGCUGACCCCGCUGCCGCGGUGUGCCAUCCAGGGGCCCCCCCGCCCCCCCCGCACCGCCCCCCCGGCCCCGGGGCGUGCGGCCCUCCCUCGCCGGCCUCCGCCGGACGGACACGCUCAGCGGGGUGGGGAGGGUCGGCUCCUGCAAGCGAUCAUUUUAUUUUCUUGUUCUUGUUUUUUAAUUUUAGCCAUUGUGCACAUAUCAAGGAAAGUGUCUUUAAAAACAAAAACAAACCCUGAAAUGUAUAUUUGGGAUCAGGACAAGGCAACUGAAGAAAUGAAAUCUCAGGUACCCUGCUUUAAGUGGGUGACUCCCCCCCCCGCGGGAGACGGAGAAUCGCUCUGGUGGGUCAGUGUACAGAUUUGUAUAUAGUGUCAUUUUUACGGAAACCCUUUUGGCGUGCAUAAGGAAUCACUGUGUACAAAUUGGCCACGUGCUUCUGUAGAUAAUGUCAGUGGAGUAAAUAUUUGACAGGCCAUAACUUGAGUCUAUUGCCUUGCCUUUAUUACAUGUAAAUUUUGAAUUCUGUGAUCAGUGAUUUGGGUUUUAUUUUGUAUUUGCAGGGUUUGCCGUUAAUACUCCUUCAUGCCCCUCUUACGGAACACUCCUCUUUGUCCCUCCGCAAAUGCCCGUCCCCCUCUUGUUUGCCCGGCGGCCCUUUGGGUACACGCACAGGUUGAUUUCCUUUCAUUUGAUGGUACUAUUUCUUAGUGUUUUGAAUUGGAACAUAUCUUGCCUCAUGAAGCUUUAAAUUAUUAUUUUAAGUUUCUCCCCGAUGAAGUGCUCUCGUCUUAACGUUUGUUUGGAAUCGUACCACUGCUGGCCCCACGCCCGCCUCCCGUCCUUCCCAGUAGGACUCCUGUCGUGCUCGUAGUGAAACCCGCGUGUCAUCUUGCCCACCUAAAAAUGUCUGAAUGCUUACACGAAUAAAUUUUAUAACACACUUA